AUGGGGACUAGAAACUACACAACUUUGAGUGAGUUCAUCAUUUUGGGGUUAACAGAGGAUGCCACAGUUUGUGCAGUUUUAUUUAUUGUGUUUUUGGGGAUCUAUGCGGUCACCUUAAUGGGCAACGUCAGUAUAAUGCUGUUAAUCCGAAGCAGCCCUCAACUUCAUACUCCAAUGUACCUUUUCCUCUGCCAUCUGGCCUUUGUAGAUAUUGGGUACUCGUCGUCAGUCACCCCGCUCAUGCUGAUGGGUUUCCUCAGGAAAGGAACUUCAAUCCCAGCUGCUGGCUGUGUGGCCCAGCUCUGCUCUGUGGUGACAUUUGGGACAGCUGAAUGCUUCCUGCUGGCUGCCAUGGCCUAUGAUCGCUAUGUGGCCAUCUGCUCACCCCUUCUCUACUCCACACACAUGUCCCCGAGCAUCUGCAUUUUCUUAGUGGGCAUGUCCUACCUGGGUGGCUGCGUGAAUGCUUGGACAUUCACUGGAUGCCUGUUGAGUCUGUCCUUUUGUGGGCCAAAUAAAGUCAAUCACUUUUUCUGUGACUAUUCCCCACUUCUGAAACUGUCUUGUUCUCAUAGCUUCAUUUCUGAAGUACUUCCAGCCAUCUCAUCUGGCUCCAUCAUUGUGGUCACGGUGUUUGCCAUUGGUCUCUCAUAUGUCUACAUUCUCUUUUCAAUCCUAAAGAUGCGCUCUUCAGAGUGGAGGCACAAAGCCUUCUCUACCUGCACCUCCCACCUCACAGCAGUCACUCUGUUCUAUGGGACCAUUACCUUCAUUUAUGUGAUGCCCAAGUCCAGUUACUCAACUGACCAGAACAAGGUAGUGUCUGUGUUCUACACCGUAGUGAUCCCCAUGUUGAACCCCCUCAUCUACAGUCUUAGAAACAAAGAAGUUAAAGAGGCGGUGAGGAAACUGAUGGCUCGGACUCACUGGUGGUCUUAA